AUGGCAGAUCAUAUGAGCAUUAUCAAGGGUGACAAGGAAUUCCUUAGUGGAUCACAAACUAUUGAAGUUGGUGAAACAACUCCAGGUGAAACCAGAGCAAGAAGAAACAAGAAGUUCCCAGAUCUCAUCUCCCAACCAGAUGAAAAUACUAAGACUCUCUAUGAUGUUUAUCAAUUAAAGAUUGGAAGAAUAAGAAUAUUAACAUCGAUCAAACAACAUUCAUCAUCAACAUUGUACAGAAAGAACAAAAACUCUGAUAAACAAUUUUUAGGUAUUCGUGCAGUCAAUCCAGAUAAAACACGUGGUCCAUACGGUUGGAUUACCUAUAAAGAAGCAUCAAACAGAGCUGUCAACAUUGGUGCUGGUCUCGUACACUUGGGAAUCCAAAAGGGAGAUCGUAUCGGUAUCUUCUCCAUCAACAGACCAGAAUGGAUUCUCUCUGAUAUGGGUGCUGUCAAUCACGGUAUGGUUCCAGUUGCUUUGUACGCCACUCUCGGUCCAAACGCAAUUGAAUUCAUCAUUAAUCAUGCUGAUAUCAAGUUGGUUUUAUGUGAAGCCAAGAAUAUCGAUAAGAUGUUACAAUUAACUACUACUAAAGGAAUGACUACUAUUGUAUCAUUCGAUGCACCAACAGAAGCAGUUUUGAAUAAAUUAAAGGAAUCAUCUAUUCAAUUCUAUACUCUUGCUCAAUUGGAGCAAUUGGGUGCUGCUCAUCCAACUCCAGCAACACCAUCCGGUCCAGAAGAUAUCUGUACCAUCCUCUAUACCUCUGGUUCCACUGGUAAUCCAAAGGGUGUAAUUCUUACAAAUACUAAUAUGGUCUCAGAGGUUGCCGGUGCCUACUUCUCGCCAGCCGGUUUGACAUCGGAAGAUGUACACAUGUCGUACUUGCCAUUGGCUCACUCCUUUGAGAGAGCCGUCGCAUGCAUGGUCUGCUACGUCGAAGCCAGAAUUGGAUUCUACAGUGGUGUCAUCCCAGAGCUCUUCAACGACAUUCACGUUUUGAAGCCAACCUUCUUGGUGGGAGCUCCACGUGUCUGGCAGAAGCUCCACGACAAGACUUGGCUCACCGUAAACAGUGGUUCAUGGCUCACAAAGACCCUCUUCAACUGGGGUUUCAGUUCAAAGCAAUCUGCACUCAGACAAGGUUCUAGCACUCCCAUUUGGGACAAGAUUCUCUUCUCCAAGACUCAAGAGAAGCUCGGUGGUCGUGUCAAGUUCAUCUUGUCUGGUUCCGCUCCAUUGGAUCCAAAGAUUGCAGAGUUCUUGAUUGCCUGUUUCUGUUGUCCAGUCGUCCAAGGUUAUGGUUUGACUGAGAAUGUCGGUGGUGCUGCUGUCGCCUAUCCAGAGGACCAAUCGAUUGGUCACGUCGGUCCACCCUUAGCCUGUACUGAGGUCAAGUUGGUCGAUGUCCCAGAGAUGAACUACUUCUCCACCGACAAGCCAUUCCCAAGAGGUGAGGUUUGUCUCCGUGGUUACAACGUCUUCACCGGUUACUACAAGGAUCCAGAAAAGACUGCCGAAGAUUUGAAGAAGGACGGAUGGUUCCACACCGGUGAUAUUGGUCGUUGGAACGCCAACGGUACCCUCUCUAUUGUCGAUCGUAAGAAGAACAUUUUCAAGUUGUCACAGGGAGAGUACGUCGCUGCCGAAUAUCUCGAGGGAAUCUAUGUCCGUUCGCCACUCAUCUCUCAGGCAUUCGUCUAUGGUGACUCAUUGAACAGUUUCUUGGUCGGUGUCGUCGUACCAGACUUUGAAGUCGUUGAGAAGAUGUUUGGUGAGAAAUACCCACACAUGAACGCCAAGGACCAAAAGGGAUUGGCUGCCUCCAAGGAGUUGUACAAAGAGAUUAUGGAUUCAUUCGAUGCUUGCGCCAAGGAAGCCAACCUCCAAGGUUUCGAAAAAUUGAAGCACAUCUUUGUUGAAGCUGAGGCUUUCACUGAGGAGAACGGUUUAUUGACACCAUCAUUCAAGCCACGUCGUCCACAACUCAAGGACAGAUAUCAAGCUACCAUCGGCACUCUCUACGACGAAUUCAAACGUGAUCACCCAGAGAUAGUUUAA